AUGUCGACUUCUUUCACGAUGAUCGGCGGUGAAGGUCCCGAGAGUUACCGACAACAUUCAAAAUAUCAGGGAGGAUUGCUUGAAGCAGCUACCGAGAAGAUCAACGAAGCCAUCUCCACGAAACUCAAUAUAGACCUCGCUUCAAAUCUUGUUAACAUAGCUGAUUUCGGUUGUUCCACUGGACCUAAUACUUUCAGAGCGGUUCAAACCAUAAUAGAUGCCGUGGAACACAAGUAUCAACAAGAAAAUAAUCUCGAGGAAAUAGAGUUCCAAGUUUUUUUCAACGAUUCUUCAAACAACGAUUUCAACACUCUCUUCAAGACACUUCCUCCAGCUAGAAAAUAUUUUGCAACUGGAGUUCCAGCCUCUUUCUUUGGACGUGUUCUUCCUAGGAGCAGUCUCCAUGUCGGAGUUUCUUCUUACUCACUCCAUUUCUUAUCCAAGAUUCCCAAGAAAAUUAAAGACUGCGAUUCUCAUGCGUGGAACAAGGACAUACACUGCACCGGAUUCUCAAAAGAAGUUGUGAGAGCAUAUCUUGAUCAAUACAAGAUCGACAUGGAGAGUUUCUUGACUGCUAGAGCUCAAGAGCUCGUCUCCGGUGGAUUGCUCUUUCUUCUUGGAUCAUGUCUACCAAAUGGAGUUCAAAUGUCAGAAACAUUGAAUGGAAUGAUGAUAGAUUGCAUUGGAUCUUCUCUUAAUGACAUAGCUAAACAGGGCUUGAUUGAUCAAGAAAAGCUUGACACUUUCAAAUUGCCUAUCUAUGUUGCAUACGCGGGUGAGAUAAAACAAAUCAUCGAGGAUAAUGUGUAUUACACGAUAGAAAGGUUCGAUAUAAUCAGCCAAGAAAACGAGGAGAUUCCAUUAGACCCCGAGUUUUUGACGGUCUCGUUUAAGGUCACUGUUGGAGGAAUUGUAGCUUCACACUUUGGUCAACAUGUCAUGGAGAAAACAUUUGAAGUUGUCAAGACAAAGACACAAGAAAUGCUUCCUCAACUUGCUAAUGCCAAACCCGGAAUGCAAUACCUUAUUGUGCUUAAAAGAAUUUGAUUUGUUUCAAGAUCACUAUAUUGAUGUAUGUUUUUAUUUAAAGGUAUCUACUUAAAAAACGUAACCAAAUUAAUCUUCAAC